AAUAUGAUAUGUAAAGUUUGGUAUGUCAAUUUGAUGUGUAAAGUUUGGCAUGUCAAUUUGAUAUGUAACGUUUGGUAUGUCAAUUUGAUGUGUAAAGUUUGGCAUGUCAAUUUGAUGUGUAAAGUUUGGUAUGUCAAUUUGAUGUGUAACGUUUGGUAUGUCAAUUUGAUGUGUAACGUUUGGUAUGUCAAUUUGAUGUGUAACGUUUGGCAUGUCAAUUUGAUGUGUAACGUUUGGUAUGUCAAUUUGAUGUGUAACGUUUGGUAUGUCAAUCGAGAGUCAUUUUAUUUGAGUUUUACGUCCUACACGACUGUUCCAUAUUGGAAUAAUGAAGACAGGCAACGUCAUGCAGUGUACAAUGAGACAAAUCUUGGCAUGACAGCGCAAUGA